GGGGCGUCGGCCCGAUGUGCAGCGCUGGUGCGACACCUGUCAGACUCACUUCAGCGGUGACGUCAUUGUCCAUCGACGGACGAAACAACACAAGGCGUGUAAACAGCUGAGUCGUCCCUUCUGUCCCGUCUGUAAACGUCACUUCAGGACGCCUCGAAAGUUCGUGGAGCACAUGAAGUCUGCAGAGCACAAGGAGCAGGUGCACCUGCAGGAGGUGCAGGAGGAGGAGCUGAUCACCGUGGACGCUGUUGGCUGCUUUGAGGAGGAGGAGGAGAAGGAGGCGCAGGAGGAGCAGGAAGAGGAGCAGGAGGAGGAGGACGAGGUAGACGUAGCAGAUGAAGAGGAGGGUGAUGGAGGAGAAGAAGGAGCAGAGGAGGUGUCGGAGGUGCGAUCAGACGUUGAGGUCGCUGACAGACAGGAAACAGACAGUGAGCGGUUUGACCCCCACACCAUAUAUGGUAAGUUCCUGUGGUUGCCAUAGUAACUGUUUGGACC